UUAUAUAAACCUAUUAAAAUUUUCCUUUAGUGAUUUAUUAAUUUCGUCUCAUUAUGAAUCCUGAACAAAUAGCAGAAGAAGAAGAAGAGGAAAUAUCUGAAUCAAGUUAUUGCACAGAAUCGAGUGACGAAAAUUCGCAACUAAUUUUAUUGAACACCUUAUUAACAUUUGAACGAAAACAGCAUAGAGAUGAUAUCUUCAAAAAUUGUUCAGAAUUUUGCAGAUUUAUGAGUACACGCCCUAAUAUAAAAACACUCGAAAAACACUUAUUCAAGAUUUCUCCUUGUGUAUGUGAGACUACUAAUUUUAAUUACUCAAAUUAUAAUCAUCAACCUUCGUAUGCUGGUUGUGGAUCCUGUGUUGAUAAAAGUGGAUCUGAAUGUGAAAUAAAGCGUGAACAUUGGAUAACCACUUUAUUGGCAUUAAGUAAAUUUGGAUGUGAUGAAGUUGCGAUAAAUGCUACAAAGCAAUGCAAAUUUUGCAAAAUAGACAGAAAUCUACUGGAUGGGAUGUUCACAAACGAAGACCCAAGAAAUAUUCAAGCUCAAAAAAAUCAAAUCAAGGAACUAAGUAAAUGGAAACCCGAUCCAAACAAACUUAAGAAAAAUGUGUAUGAUUAA